AUGGGCAGUCUUCCUGACGCCGAGCAACCAUGCGUCACGCUGGAUCAAGUGAUCCGGCGCCGCGCCGAGACCCAUGCCGACCAAGUGCUCAUCUCCUACCCGGCGAACGAGUCUGACUUCGUCGACUACACCGGAGCCGAUCUGGAGCGGUUGACCAGACUGGCAGCCACCAGAUAUGCAGGAGCAUUCGCGCAGCUCGACGAGGCGACGCGCCCCAACGGGCCGUCCAGCACAGUCGCGCUGGUCGGCGUCUCGAGUCUGGAGUACUACAUCACCUUCCUCGCCCUGCAACGGCUCGGCCUCACCUCCAUGUUCAUCUCCCCGCGCCUCGCGGACCAAGGCUUCACCCACCUCCUCAAGUCGACCCAAUGCAAAGUAAUCGUCGCCUCUGGGCCCUCCCAAGCCGACAUGCAGCGCGUCCGCGCCACCUCCGGCCUCCCCCUCUCAGUGAUCCCCAUGCUCCCCCUCUCCUCCCUAGACAACCACCAACCAGCCAAACCCCUCCCCCCCAUCGACGACCCCGACCACGCCCUCCGCUUCAUCAUCCACAGCGGCGGCACGACGGGGCUCCCCAAGCCCGUCCCCCUCCUCUCCGCCUCCUGGCUCCUGCAAGCCGCCAAAAUCGCCGGCCGCAUGCCGCGCGUACCCACGCUCUCCACGCUCCCGCUCUUCCACAGCUUCGGCCUCGCCACGCUUCUCCGCUGCCUCGUCAACGGCUCGCGUCUCUCCCUGCUCUCCGCGUCGCGCCCCAUCACCGCCGGCGCCGUGCUGACCGGCCUCGCAGCCACGCACUCCCGCGCGCUGGUGACGGUGCCGUACGUGCUGAAGUUCCUGGCCGAGGUGGAUGACGGUGUUGGUAUCCAGCGGCUAGCGCAGCUGGAGCAGGUGAUCGCGGCGGGCAGCGCGGUGCCGGACGCGCUGGGCGACGCGCUGGUCGUCGGCGCGGGCGUGCGGCUGUUCCACCUGUACGGCCUGACCGAGUGCGGCGCGCUGAUGGAGCCGUGUUCGACGCCUGCAUCCCCCGAGCUGUGGAACUGGGUCAGGCCGCUGCCGGACGCGGAGCCGUAUCUGAAGUUCGAGCCGGUCUCGACCUCGUCCUCAUCUGGCGAAGGUGGAGAGACGUUAUACCACCUCGUCGUCCUGCCGGGCCUCAAAGCCAAAGUCUUCGCCGACCAGCCCGACGGCUCGUACGCGACGAAAGACCUCUUCCGCCGACACCCGUCGGGCGCGAAUAUGUGGAAGUUCGUGGCGCGGCUGGACGACAUCAUCGUGCUGGUCAACGGCGAGAAGGCGGACCCGGUGCCGCUGGAGGAGGCCGUCGGCCGCAACGCCAACGUGCGCGCGGCCGUCGUCUUCGGCGCCCAGCGCGACGCCCUGGGCAUGGUCGUCGUCGCCGCCGACCGCGCCGCCGGGUUGAGCGAGGCGGAGAUCGUGCAGAGCGUGCUGCCGGACCUGCGGCAAGGGAACGAGCGCGUGCCGGCGUAUGCGCGCAUCGCGCCGGACGCCCUCAUCAUCAAGCCGGCUGGCACGCCGUUUCCGUGCACGGAUAAGGCGACGGUGAUACGGUCGUUGUUUCUGAAGCAGUUUGCGAAGGAAAUAGACGAGUUUUACGCGAAGAGGGAGGAGCUGGCGAAUGGUGGUGGUGCUGGUGGUGAUGGAGCGGCGGAGGGCGUGGUCGAUGACGACGCUGAUAUCCGCGAUCUGGUCCGUCAAACUGUCCGCGGCGAGUUGAGGCUUGCGGAGAAGGAAGGGGGCGCGGAUCUGGCUGAUGAUUCCGACUUCUUUGCUCUAGGAAUGGACUCGCUGCAAGCUACCAACGUCCGGUCUCGACUACUGAAGAGGGUCAACCUGGGCGGCCGCACGCUUGCCACCAACGUCGUCUUCGACCAUCCGAGCGUCGAGCUCCUGACCGCUCACUUGCUGGACGUCCGAGCCGGGCAGGAGGAGAACGGCGGCGGCCCGCAGUCGGCCGAGGAGCUGGCCAUGCGUCUCCUAGAGAAAUACUCGACCUUCGACGAGAAGCCCACCCCCAGCACCAUCCCCAACCCCGAAAAGGAGUCCAUCCUCUUAACCGGCGCAACCGGCGCCCUCGGCAUCCACAUCCUCUCCACCCUCCUCCCAAACCCUUCCAUCCGCACCAUCCACUGCCUCGUCCGCGCCCCGGACACCGCCUCCGCCCUCUCCCGCAUCCACGCCGCGCUCUCGCACUCCCACCUCCUCUCCAUCCUCCCGUCCCCCACCCUCCUCUCCAAAAUCUCCCCCAUCCCCUGCGACCUCUCCUCCCUAUCCGCCUCCUCGCCCUCCCUCGGCCUACCGCCGGCCGUCUACGCCGAGGUCGCGGCCAGCACGACGCGCAUCAUCCACGCCGCGUGGGCCGUCGACUUCAACCGCGCGCUGCGCAGCUUCGACGCGAGCUGCCUCGCGCCGACGCACGCGCUGCUGCGGCUAGCCGCCGCUUCCCCGCUCGAGCGCAAGCCGGUUGUCGCGUUCGUAUCCAGCAUCGCUGCUGCCCUCCGGGCCGGCGGGCCGGCGGCGGCGGCGGUGGCGUCAUCGACGUCAUCGGAGGCAGCGUCGCCGGCGCCGUCGUCGCCGGGGGGGUCGGACGAGUCCGAUGGUGGCGAUGGUCGUGCGAAGAGGACCGCUAUCCCCGAGGCGCUUCACCCCUGGUCCGCCGUCGCCGAGGGCAUGGGGUACGGCCAGAGCAAGUGGGUCGCGGAGCGCAUGUGCGCUGCCGCCGCUGCUUCUGCUUCCGCUGGUGUCGACGCCCGCGUGCUGCGCGUCGGGCAGCUGUGCGGCGACACGGCGCACGGCGUGUGGAACACGGCCGAGGCGAUACCAACAACAGUGCGGGCGGCGCUGACGGUCGGCGCGCUGCCGGUUGUCGAGAACGAGGAUGGCGACGAAGAGCUCGCGUGGCUGCCUGUCGAUGUCGCGGCGAGGGCGGUCGUGGAGUUGGCGUUUGCUGAUACCGCGGGGUUCAGGGCCGGGUUGGAGUUUGAGGCCGUGCCGGCGCGGGAGUGGCUGUUGGAAUUCUUCAGGAAGAGGAAGUUUGCGCCGAGUCUGCGUGGAGGGACGGCCGUGGAUGAGGAGCUUGUGGGCAAGUUCUUGCGGUUUUGGAUCGAGGAGUGGAGUGGGCCUGCGGGUAAAUAA